AUCUAUAGAAAAACAAACUUAAAGAUUAAACAGUGAUUAAUGAAAAAUACAUGACUGACAGUUCAUAAUGAAUGUAAGCACUGGUGAAACGGAAUUUCAAUAUUUGAAGUUAGGAUCAAAUCAAGAGCCACUUCUGUAUACAUUAGUCGAGGGAAUUGUAGCCAUCGGUGCUUUCAUAGGCAACCUAUUGGUCGUUAUUGUGUUUAUUCAAGACAAACGAUUAAGAAAAGUGACAAACUUUUACAUAAUUAGUUUAGCCAUCGCUGACAUGUUUGUCGGUCUCAUUGGCAUUCCGUCAGCAAUAUUGACACGAAUGGGAAUACCUCGCGAUUCUUUCAACUCAUGUCUCGCUAUGUUAUCAUUACUGGUCGUAUUGUGUACUAUAUCUAUACUAAACCUGUUGGCCGUUUCACUGGAUCGGUAUUGGGCUAUAUUACACCCAUUGGAUUAUCACCGAAAAAUAUCCGAAACAACAGCAAUGAUAAUAAUAAUCAGUUGUUGGAUUUUGGGGGCAUUUAUUGGAUUUUUACCACUUUUCUGGAAUAAUGGGAUUCAAGUUUACGAAAGAGAAGACGGAAAAUGUCUGUUCAUACCUGUCAUGAGUUAUAACUUUCUUGUAUUUAUCUACUUCUCAACCAUUGUAUUGCCGGCUAUUACAAUGGCUUUCUUUUACGGACGAAUAUAUUUAGUUGUUAUGAAACAAUUAAGCUAUAAAAAGGUGCUUCAAGUGUCAAGUGGUCAUUACAGUCAAAGAUCUGGUCCAAGUAGUAGACAAUGUAGUGACAGAAGGAGGAGUCGUUUUGAAUGCAGUUCUUUGGAUUCAAUCAACAGUCCUUCAGAUAAAUCUGAUAAUAACAGUAACGUAUCGCCAGUUCUUUCAAAGUCACGCUCUUUGGCGACACUCAAGAGUUUGAACCAUAAUUGUAGUCAUUGUAUAGUAAAGCCAAUCAAAUUGAGUUAUAGUAAGAGAGAAGUGAAAAAAGCACAGAAACUCUUCAUUAUAGUCGUCUUCUUCAUGUUGUGUUGGAUACCAUUGUAUACAAUGAACACAAUUGAGGCGUUUUGUCAGCAAUGUAGAGCACCGACCAGUAUUGUCGACCUCAUGAUCAUACUGUCCCACUUGAAUAGUGUCGGCUCACCCUUUCUUUAUGCCUUUCAUAUGAAAGACUUCAGAGAGGCUUUGAGACGACUCUUAUGUGAAUGUGUUAUACGUCAGCGACACUUACGAGACCUCAGAAGACAAGAACUCUUCACUAUUAAUCUCAAUCCAUACUCAAGACGUAUACAUAAUAACACUCUUGAAAUGUAUGGAAAUACUCCAGAAAUGACACCACAAUUAUCACCACAACAUUCACUGAAGAUCUCAACAGUUACCUAA